UCUCUUAUUUAAUUCCUCACCUUGCCAAAUCACAAUUCCCCUCUUCAAGUCUUAACCAAACCCAAAGUCCUUCCAACAAGAAGAUCCAAUGGCUGAUCCGGCGACGAGUUCUCCGUUGUUGGAUAACCAUGAAGGUGGAGAAGAUGAAAGAGGAAGGAGAGGAUCAUCAACUUUGGUUCAAAAACUGAUCGACGUGGAAGAAGCUAAAGCUCAAAUGAUUUACUCUUUGCCAAUGAUACUCACCAAUGUUUUCUACUACUGUAUCCCUAUAACUUCUGUGAUGUUUGCUUCUCACCUCGGUCAACUCGAGCUCGCCGCUGCCACCCUUGCCAAUUCUUGGGCCACCGUCUCCGGUUUUGCCUUCAUGGUAGGGUUAAGUGGAGCACUUGAGACAUUGUGUGGACAAGGCUUUGGUGCAAAAAACUAUAGAAUGUUGGGGGUUCAUCUACAAUCAUCUUGCAUCGUCUCAUUAGUCUUCAGCAUCCUCAUCACCAUCUUCUGGUUCUUCACAGAAUCGAUUUUCGGACUUCUCAGACAAGAUCCUAGCAUUUCAAAACAAGCUGCACUCUAUAUGAAGUACCAAGCUCCCGGUUUACUUGCUUACGGGUUCUUACAGAAUAUUUUGAGAUUUUGCCAAACACAAUCGAUCAUUACUCCACUAGUAUUCUUCUCGCUUGUUCCCUUGGUGAUUAAUAUCGGUACCGCAUAUGUUCUUGUUUAUUUAUCUGGCCUCGGAUUCAUUGGUGCUCCCAUAGCUACAUCUAUUUCAUUGUGGAUAGCUUUCCUUUCUCUCGGAACUUAUGUGAUCUGUUCAGAAAAGUUUAAAGAAACAUGGACUGGAUUUUCGUUGGAAUCAUUCCGUUAUAUCGUAAUAAACUUGACAUUAAGCAUCCCUUCUGCUGCUAUGGUAUGUUUGGAAUAUUGGGCAUUCGAGAUUCUUGUGUUCUUGGCAGGAAUGAUGCCAAACCCGGAAAUCAAUACUUCUUUGGUUGCUAUAUGCGUCAACACGGAGGCGAUUAGUUACAUGUUAACAUACGGACUUAGCGCAGCUGCAAGUACGCGUGUGUCCAACGAACUUGGAGCUGGAAAUGUAAAAGGCGCAAAGAAGGCGACCUCAGUGUCCGUUAAGUUGUCUUUAGUUCUUGCUUUCGGCGUUGUCAUUGUUUUACUUGUAGGUCAUGAUGGUUGGGUUGGGUUAUUUAGUAAUAGUCAUGUGAUUAAAGAGGAGUUUGCAUCAUUGAGGUUUUUUCUUGCUGCCUCUAUAACUCUUGAUUCAAUCCAAGGAGUUUUAUCAGGAGUUGCUAGAGGAUGCGGAUGGCAGCGUUUAGUCACGGUUAUAAAUUUGGCAACAUUCUACUUAAUAGGAAUGCCGAUCGCAGCCUUUUGUGGUUUCAAGUUGAAGUUUUAUGCCAAGGGUUUGUGGAUUGGUCUCAUUUGUGGGAUAUUUUGCCAAUCUUCGUCUCUUUUGCUUAUGACAAUCUUUCGGAAGUGGACAAAGCUUAAUGCUGCUACGGUCUGAAAACUCUAGUUACGUUCCAUUUUUCUACGGAGGCACAUUUAUUUUCUUAAGCAAAUAUGGAAUAAAAUAUUUGUAAGAAAAUUUUCAGUUAUUAUGAUCAAGAUAUAUAUUUGGAACUCAUGAUCAUCCAAACGCUUUGUUAUAAUUUAUCUUUCUAAGUUUUAUUUUUCUUCUUUUGGAGUGUAA